GCUAUCUUAGCUUAGCUCAAAUAAACAGCUUGAUGCCACAUCGACGUAACAACCGGAUAAAAUCCCACCAACUUCACAAAGAGCGGCAUACGAUGGCCUUGUCUUUGAACUAUACUUCUUAUUAGUGACACCAAAUUUAACCUACACAUUCCUAAAUGAAUUUAGUAAGUCGGUGUUUCUCAAGAAUGACUGUUUACGAAAUGAAUGAAAGAGCAAAUAAAGAAAUUGCUGAAUCAUAUAUAAAGAGUGAAGAAGGAUACUGGCAUAAUCUGAGAAAAUAUUUAAGAGAAUAUGCGGAAGUAACAGGUCUCCAGGGAUUCCGGUACGUUGCUGAAAAACGUUCAACAGCUGAAAAGAUUAUUUGGAGUUUGGCUUUGAUAUUUUCAUUAGGUGGUUGUAUGUAUAUGAUUUCCGAAAUUCUGAAUAAAUAUGAGAAUAGUCCAGUGGUUGUCAGUUUUGCGACCGAAGAUACACCGCUGUAUAAAAUGCCGUUCCCUGCUGUUACCAUUUGUCCAGAAGCAAAAUAUAACACAAAGGUGUUCAAUUAUAGCGAUAUCUUUUAUCGGGUAAAGGAUGGCAAAUCAGUGAACAAAACAAAUUUAACGAUGUUUCAACGUCUAAGUGUUCUCUGCGAAGUCAAAUAUCCUACCGAGUUUGAAAAUGAUACACUGGAUAACGAAGUCUUUGAAACCAUAGACAAAACUAAAAUUGAACCAAGGGAUAUGUUUAUGCUCUGUAGUUAUAUCAAUGAAACUAAUGGGCUGGGUUGUGAGUCAUUAUUUAAGCCUGUUUUUAUAGAUGGAGGAUUAUGUUAUUCGUUUAAUAAUUUAGGCCGAGAUGACAUAUUUAACGACCACGUGUAUAAUUACGCAAAAUACUAUGAAGUUCCUCACAAAAUGGCAGAUUAUUUCAAUGUGGAAACCGGAUACAAAGAAAAUGUCGGUAUUGACGCGUAUCCUAGAAGAACGCUAAAGCCUGGUCCAAAAAAUGGAAUGACAAUAUUGUUAAAGUUUGACGAUAAAUGGCAUGAUCCUACAUGUAAUAUUUUUUUCAAGGGAUUUAGAGUUUUAAUUCAUAGCCCUUGGGAAGUACCUCUCUUUGGACAAUAUUACAUUAGCGUUCCUGCUAAUAAAUAUUUGUCCGCUGUUGUGGAAGGUGAAUAUGUUCGAUCUUCCGAAAAUCUCAGCAAAAUUAAGGCCAAGAAAAGAAGGUGCUACAUGCGAGAUGAAUACUCUCUAAAAUAUUUUAAAAUUUAUACUCAAUCUAACUGUUUCCUUGAAUGUCGCACUAAUUAUACCUUGAAACAAUGUGGCUGUGUUCAAUAUUUCAUGCCACGCGAGAAUACAACUGCGAUUUGUGGUAGACCUCUUCACGAAUGUACACAACAAGCUGAAAGUGCCUUCAUAAAAGAACAACUGGAAGCUAAUUUAAAAGGAUAUGACUUUUGUGAUUGUCUACCUGCCUGUUCGAAUUUGAAAUUUCGGGUAGAAACUUCGCAAGACACUUUCCAUGUGAAAGAAUUUUGGAAUGCAAUAGGAGGCGACGAUAGGUAUUUAGAGGGCUGGUCCUGGUCAUUGAUGCAUAUUUAUUUCAAAGACGAACAAAUUAGAACACUGGAAAGAAAUGAACUGUAUGGUACCUCUGAUUUAAUUUCCAACUUAGGAGGCCUUCUAGGAUUAUUUACGGGAUUUUCAUUGCUUUCGAUUAUUGAAAUUCUUUACUUUUGUUCUUUACGUAUUUUCUGCAAUAAAAAAAUCUAUGGAAGUUGGUCAGGUCCUUAAACUAAAGGACGAGAUAACACUUCUAGAAAAGUCUGAAGCAAUUUUAUUAGGAGAAGGUCAAUGCACUUUUCUUUCACUGGAACGAUGGUGUAAGAUUUAAUUAAUUGUUGUUAUUAAUUUGAUGUAAAGCGUCUUUGUCAUUAGGCGCAUUAUUUUUAAGUAAAUAUGUAAAGUUGACACACAAUGAAAAAAACAAGAAAAAAAAAUAUAUGUUGAUAACGGAAUACUAGUUAUUUCGCCUUUAAUAUGUUGCCAGCCUGUUAAAUUGUCAGUAAAGUAGACAUUUAAAUUUUUAAACUCCACAGUUUGGGUUAAUCACCGUAAGUUAAAAUUGAGCAAUGAGUGAGCUCGUAGGUAAUAUUUUUCUUUUGCCUUCUUGAAAACAAUUGUAACAUCCUUAACGUGAUUUGAUACGUCGGAAUAUGAAGUGACAGAAUACUUACUAAAAUAAAUUAAUUGAAAAAUUACCAGAAUCCACGUUUAGAAUACAACAUCCAUAGUUAUUAUAUAUAGUGGAUAUAUCCGAAGGUCAACAGACAAUUGGUUUUUUUUCGUUGUGGGUCGCCUAUCUAUAUAUUAUGUAUUAAUAAAAAAAUAGUAUUCUAAAUGUUACUUCUAGACCAGAGCCUUGGAAACAUGAAAAACAUGAUUAAAAUAUUUACUAUUUAUAUCUAUUGAUUUUUUUUUAAUUAAGACAAAUUACAUGUUUCCAUUAGAAAAAAAUUGGUCUAAAGAGUUUAGACAGUACUUCCCUCGCUGUCGGAAACGUGACGAUUGCAUGCCCAUUAUGUUUUUUUU